UCACCAAGAGACCCAAGUCUAAAGACGGAGACACCGUGGUGUACAGGCUGAAGGACUGGCCAUCAGGAGAGGAGUUCAUGGCCCUGAUGCCUUCCAGGUAUGAUGACCUGAUGAGGAAUCUGCCCCUGCCUGAGUAUUGUGACCCUGAAGGGAACCUCAACCUGGCCUCUCAUCUACCCAGCUUCUUCGUACGCCCAGACCUCGGACCACGCCUCUGCUGUGCUUAUGGAGUGGCAGCGUCUCAGGAGCAGGACUUUGGGACAGCUAACCUUCACAGGGAGGUCUCUGACAUCGUCUCUGUCCUGGUGUACGUAGGAGUGGCCAAGGGGAACAGGGAGUCCUGUCCAAGACGGGAGUGUUGAAGAGACUGGAGGAGGAAGACUUGGACGACAGCGUGAAGAAGAGAUUAAAGGAUUCCAGCGAGACGCCUGGAGCCUUGUGGCACAUCUACAUUAGCAAAGAUGUAGAGAAAAUUAAAGACUUUCUGCACAAGGUUAUUCUCACUUUAAUAUGUUCUCUGUCUGUCUGGCCCUCUGGCUGGCUCUCUGUCUGGCUCUCUGUCUGUCUGGCC